AUGGAACAUUUGAAGAUACCCCUAGGCUCGAGCGAACUUAAGGGUCAUGUUCAGACGAUUUACACGCAGUCAAAAUACCUGGAAUCCAUGCCGCCAGAGGUUCAUUCGGCUAUUGCAGCCCUUGCGCGCGAUCGAGGCUUUCAGGAGGCCCUCAAACAACGAAACCAACAUCACGCCGGUGAUAACCUAGAUUUUUUUUUAGAUUCAAUAGCCCGCCUUUUCUCGCCGGGGUAUCUUCCAAGCGACGAAGAUAUUCUCCGCUCCCAAGUCUCUACUCAAGGCGUAACAGAGACGAUAUUUACCGCUGAGAAGGGUUCUCAGGGCGAUAUCCUAAAAUUGGAUGUUUACGAUAUUGGAGGUAGUAGGCCUUGCCGUAAAAAGUGGAAACAUCUCUUCAAAGAAGCUGAUUUGGUUCUCUUCACUGUCGACAUUGGAUCCUAUGACCAAGUCUUUUUCGAAAACCGGUCCACAAACAGUAUGCAAGAGGCUCUAAUGCUUUGGGACUCAAUUGUCAAUAGCAGGUGGUUUACCGAGACUACUUUUAUCCUCUGCUUUACAAAGCAGGCGAAGCUUGCAGCCAAGAUAAAAGACGCUCCUCUAGCGUUGUAUUUCCCGGGCUUUGUUGCCAGCGACCUUCCAGAUCUCGAUAGUGCUACAAAUUAUAUCAAUCAUUACUUUCUGUCUUUCAGGCAGGCUCCUGAAAGGCCGACCUAUACCAUGGUUCUGCCAGAUCUUCCAACAAAGGAAGAUUGGGAAGCAAUGAAAAACUUUUUUUGGGAAGUACAUGAAAGAAAAAUGGAAAAGCUCAGCUCGGGAGCCCACUUUUGA